GAAACGCCGCCGACUUGGUAACCUUUACUCAGCGUAUAAAAUGCUGCAAAACCAUACUGCAGUAGGGUGGGAUCCUACUACUAAAACUUUUACAUGCUCGGAAGAACUGCAGGCAUCUCUUUGUAAGAGACAUCAGGAAGCGAAAAUAUUGUUCACACACGGUUGGAAGCAUAAUGAGACGUACUUGGCGGCCGUUUUCCCUUCAAGAGUUAUGGCGACUGGUUCAGGGGCAUAUCACCCUGCCGCCCAAGUAGAACCAACAGAUGAUAUUGCUGCUGGGGAUGAACAAUCACAACCUCACCAGAAUGCACCUUACCAAGACAGUGAUGACGAUGAGAUGCGUGCUGAACUCCGCACCCGCGUGGAAAGUUUUGGCAGGCGGAUGACAUCCAAUAUCGCCUCAUCAUCACGAGGGAUAAGAAAGAAACAGACAAGGGCACAUAAAUCCAAUGAGGCAUCACAGGAGGAAUUGCUUGGUUAUAUUAGGGACAUGCGUGAUGACUUACGAGAGGACAUUCGUUCAGAGAAAGACAGCCUACCGGCCAACAACACCGUCAAUGGACCAAGUGAAAUGGAUCCCAUUAUGGCGUCGCUCACGGAAAUGGGAAUUGACCCCCGUACGUAUGCCCAUGCAUUUGAAAAAAUAAUGGCAUUUCCCACGUGGCGGGUAGCUUGGCAUAAACUUGAUGAUUCCGUUAGGAGGGUGUUUUUGCACGAUUUUGUUGAUCUGCCAAACACCCCCUUGCCAUAUCAAGUGCUUAAUCCAUAUAGCCAGCCGCCUCAUAACUUCCCUCCCGGGUCAAAUCCAUACAUCCAGCACCCACAGUCCUUCCACCAGCCAGCAAACCCCUAUACUCAGCCCCCUAACCCAUUCCAACAGCCUCUACCCGCCUUCAAUCCCCCUAGCCCUUAAAUGUCUAGUAUCUUGAUUUAAUUAGAGAGUUAAGUUAUAUACAAUGGUCGAUUUUCCUCUGCUAUUAGACCACGGAUUAGUGAGGUAAUAUGUG